GUUAAAACGGUUAAAACACAGACGAGGUAUACCUCGUCUGUGGUUAAAAUAUUUUAUCUGUUGAAAAAUGUCGACUGAGAAGAUUCUGUAUCAUUUAUACCAGCCUCAUGGUUCUGGUUCUGUUUUUAUUACUUGGCGUCCUGGAAAUAGUACUCAUUUAGCCACUACCGGUUACGAUUCCUCGGUUGCUAUUUAUGACAGACAAGGUGACAUGCAAGAACGUAUACAAAUUUCUGGUUUGUGUACUGGAUUUGGUUGGGACUCUGAUGGAGAUCUGUUAGCUAUUAUUUCACAAAAUUCCUCUAUUAUUACAUUAUGGGAUGCAACAACUGGAAAGAAAUCACAAAUAGAUGCUGGUGUAAGAGACAACUUAACAUGUAUAAUGUGGGCAAAGAGAACCUGCUUGUUAGCUGUAGGAACACAAAAAGGAAAUUUAGUGCUUUAUGAUCACGUAAAUGCCAAACGAGUACCAAUUUUGGGAAAACAUAAAAAACGUAUAAUGUGUGGUGCCUGGUCUUAUGAAGGGCUUUUAGCUCUAGCCAGUGAAGACAAGGUUUUAACAAUUAGUACAAGUGAUGGAGACACACGUCGUGAAAUCCCACUUCAAGGUGAUCCAUCAGACAUUCAGUUUAACGAAAUGAAGAUGGAUCACAGAAUGGGGGGUGAAAAUACAGUAUCCCUCGUUAUUAGUAAGACUACUUUAUUCUUGUACAACAUUUUGGAUCCAGAAAAUCCUAUUGAAUUAGCUUUUCAAAAACGCUAUGGUCCCAUUGUUACGUACAAAUGGUAUGGAGAUGGUUAUAUCUUAGUUGGUUUUGAGACUGGGUAUUUUACAGCAAUUUCCACACAUAUUAAAGAAGUGGGUCAAGAACUGUUCCAAGUUAAAAAUUAUAAAGACUCAUUAACUGACCUAGCAAUAAGUCAAGUGAUAGGAAAAAUUGCUACAUGCGGUGAUAAUACUAUAAAAAUACAUAGUCUACAGAACUUGGAAGAAACUGAACAAUUAAUUACAAUAGGCAACGACACUGGAAUUAGCAAAGUAGAAUGGUCUAUGGAUGGAUCCAUGAUAGCAGCUGUGACUUACACUGGCAAUGUCUUAGUCUAUUUAAUACAGAUUCCAAAACUGUCUAGUGUUUGUGGAAAUAAAAUAGCAUUACUUACAAGUUUAACCGAAGUAGCAGUGCAUCUGUAUACAUUAGAUGAGGAAAAGCCAGAACCAAUAAUAAUUAAUACUAUAAUCGAGCCAUCAGUAUUAGCAGUGGGCCCAAUGCAUGUAGCGGUUGGUUUGAAUAAUAGAGCACUGUUCUGGGAUAUAUCUGAAACUCCUUAUAACACUACAGUGCACUUUGAAAGAGAUUAUCUUGCAACAAUAGAUAGUAUACAAUUGAAUGAAUCCUAUGUCUCAGUUUUGUAUGAUGGAAAAUUACAAUUACACUCGAUUAAAAUGGAUCAAUUGCUAACCAAAGAGGGGAAGGAUACAAAAAUGUUUCCAGAUUUAAGUGCCUCAGACAUUAGAAUAACGUGCCAUGCCCUUAGUACAGACUUCUUGGUUUAUGCUAAUGAUAUGGGUCAUGUAAUCUACUUUUGCUUAGAAAUUUUUAAUCAGAGUACAGAGUAUGUACAUAACAAUGGCAUAAAGGAAAUCUAUUUAGAUACAAAUGGAACACAAUUGUGUUUUAUAGAUAACAAAUCUGACACUUAUAUGUACAAUCCUAUGCAAGAGACAGUUUUACAAAUUCCCGACUGUCCGGAUUAUGUACAGGGUAUAAUUUGGGAUCAGAAUAUUUUGGAGCGUAAUAUAUUUGCUGUAUAUAAUAAGAAUAUUAUAAUUACAUAUAUAUUUGUAAAAUAUUUUAUCGAAGGUACACAAAUUAUAAAAAUAAAUACCACAAAGCUACCAUCUGAAACAUUACCAUUGUUAAUGUAUUCUGGAGAAUUGACGUUAAGUUCGAUAAGUAAUAAGUUGAUUCACAUUACAUUAUCGUCUCACGAAGAUGCAGGAAAUAUCGUGGAAUCACCAAAACUGAAAGAAGUUUUAGAGAAUCAAAUUUUGUGUAGACGAUUUCAACAAGCAUGGAUCACUUGUGAGAAAAUUAACGAAAAAGAAUCAUGGCUAAAAUUAGGAGAGAGCUCAAUUGCUAACUUAAAUAUUGAUAUUGCAAUACGAGUUUAUCGACACAUGGAAGACGCCGCAAUGGUAUGGGCAUUACAAAACAUGGAAAGCAUAGAUGAAUUGCCAUUACUAUCUGGUCAUGCAUGUAUCUUACUUGCUGAUUAUAAUCAGGCAGAAAAAUUUUUUUUACAAUCGUCAGAACCAGUACAAGCACUGUAUUUAAGACGAGAUUUAAUGCAAUGGGAACAAGCAUUGAACUUGGCACAGAAAUUAAAAGCUGACGAAAUUCCUUACAUUGCCAGGGAAUAUGCUCAACAAUUGGAGUUCACGGGGAAUUAUCCAAAAGCAUUGUCAAAUUAUGAACGUGGAUUAGUAGAUUCUAAUCAUUCCUCAUACAUGUCUGUGCACAAUCCACAUCAUCGCAACUUGUGUUUAGCUGGAAUUGCAAGAAUGUCUAUCAGGUGUGGUGAUAGUAGAAAGGGUGUAAGCAUAGCUAUUGACAAUGAAAGCUCAAGACAGUUACGAAAGGAAUGUGCAGAAAUACUAGAAUCAAUGAAGCACUUUAAUGAAGCUGCACUAUUAUAUGAAAAAGCUGAGUAUUUUGAUAAAGCUGCAUCCGCAUACAUAAAAUUGAAAAAUUGGCAAAAAGUGGGACAGCUUCUGCCUCAGAUAUCAUCUGCUAAAAUUAAUGUACAGUAUGCUAAAGCCAAGGAGGCUGAAGGCAAAUACGAAGAGGCCGCUAAAGCGUACGAGACUGCAAAAGAUUAUGAAAACAUAAUUAGAAUUAACUUGGAACGUUUAAACAAUCCCGCACGAAGCGUUGAGGUAGUACAACAAACAAAAAGUGUAGAAGGCGCUAAAAUGGUGGCAAAAUAUUUCCAAAAAAUGAAUGACUAUAAUUCAGCCAUUAAGUUUUUGGUAUUAUCAAAUUGUCACGACGAAGCUUUUCAGUUAGCCAAUCAGCAUGGAAAAAUGGAGUUGUAUGGGGAGAUCUUAAUAAAUACAGUCGAUGAUGAUAAUGCACGGAAGGAGGAUUUUAAGGUUUUCGCUAUGCAUUUUGAAUCCGAAAAAAAUAAUCUUUUAGCAGGAAAAUAUUAUUUUUACGCAAAAGAAUAUCAGAAGGCAUUGCAGCAUUUGUUGAAAGCUGCUAAGUUGUCAACAGAUGAGAAUGAGGUCCUGACACUAGCUAUCGAUACAGUCGCUUCUUCAAAAGAUGAUAAACUAGCGAAUCAACUAAUAGAUUUCUUAUUGGGUGGAGACGGAUUGCCAAAGGAUCCAAAGUAUCUGUUUCGAUUGUACAUGGCUAGAAAACAAUACAGAGAGGCUGCAAAGACAGCGAUUAUAAUAGCAAACGAAGAACAAAUUAAUGGAAAUUACAGAAAUGCGCAUGAUGUACUAUUCGGUAUGUACCAAGAAUUGAAGAGGAAUAAAAUUACUAUACCGUUAGAGAUGCAAAAUAACUUGAGACUUUUACAUUCGUACAUACUGGUUAGGCUUCACGUGAAGAGAAGCGAUCACUUGCGGGGUGCUCGUAUGUUAAUAAGAGUAGCCAAUAACAUUUCAAAGUUUCCGUCACAUAUUGUUCCAAUCUUGACAUCUACUGUAAUAGAAUGUCAAAGAGCAGGACUGAAGAAUGCUGCAUUUAGUUUCGCUGCUAUGUUAAUGCGUCCUGAAUAUAGAAAUCAAAUUGAUGCUAAGUAUAGUAAAAAAAUUGAAGCAAUCGUAAGAAAACCACCAAGGUCAAAAGAUAAUGAAAUUGAAGAUGAACCUUUAACUCCAUGUCCUUACUGCAAGAGUAAACUUCCUGAAACAGAGAUUACUUGUGAUAAAUGCAAAAAUACGAUACCAUUUUGUAUAGCUACAGGACGACAUAUUGUUGAACAUGACUUUACAGCAUGUCCCCAAUGCGAUUUCCCUGCCAUAAAGUCUGAAUUUUUAAGGAUCAUUGAAUCUGAAGGAAUGUGUCCAAUGUGUUCCGAAAAGGUAGACAUUAACAUGGUUUCAUCCACUUUUAACAUUCAUCCCUAUCUGGAUUUCCAAGAUGAAAAAGCUUCAGCAAAAAUGUAA